AUGAACUCGCUUUUUCUUCAAGCGAUUCUAACCUUCAAUAUUGAACAGCCAGCUGGUUUUGCUGCAAGGGACAUUGAAACUUGGCCAAGUCCAUCAGAACUGGAUAAGAUUGAAGUUGUGUCCAUUUUGACACAGAUUAAUCGCGAGUGGUCCGGUGAAUGCGAUGGUGAAAGGGUUUAUCUGAGAGAAAGACUCAAAAAAUGUUUGGAUCAUGUUGACAUUUCUGUUCGAAACAAGGGCUUGCUCGAAGUGCUUAACCCAGGAUGUGGGACAGGUCGGUUGUUGGUAGACGCGGCUUUAGAAGGCGUUGCGGUAUGCGGGUCUGAUAUAUCGAUUCAUAUGAUGCUUGUUGCAAACUAUAUGCUAAAUGGUGGCCUGCAAAUGCACGAAUGGGAGAUAUACCCAUUUGUUCAUGCAUUUUCUCAUUGGCAAAACCGAGAGUGUCAAUUGAGGGCGGUUAAAGUUCCGAAUUUGAACCUGUGCAAUAUUCUAUCAAAGUACGGUCGAAUGGAGAUGGGUUACGUAUCGUUUGUGAAUGGAUAUGGACCCAAUGUUGGUAUUCGCUACUCAUCUGAAUACAAAUUCAACCCUGAUAUUGAGGUCUCAAGGGCAGCUGCCAAAAAUAAAUUUGACUUUGUAGUGACCAAUUUCUUCCUUGAUACUGGUAGCAAUAUGCUGAGCUACCUACAAACGAUACAGCACUGCUUGAAGCCGGGCGGUAUAUGGUUGAACUACGGUCCCCUGCUGUACCAUUUUAAAUCAGAAGACGAAACAGAAGCAGUUUUCGAUAUAAGCAUACCCGGUGGCGAAAUUAUCAACCAGCACGGGGAAGUUCCAAUGUCAGGCUUGGAGCUAAGUGUAGAAGACAUUGUCCGCAUUGCAACUCAGCGGCUCGGAUUCACUAUUUUAGAAAGAGAGGACGGCAUAGUGAGCGGGUACGGUUCUCCAUUGGGCAAUAACGGUCUACCAGGAUACAAGUGUCACUACUGGGCAAUGCAAUUGAGUCAGUGA